AUGACGAUUAAGUAUUUGGUCCUAGCAAUUACUAUCAGUAUUGCUCUGCGUAAUUGCUGUGCUCUAACCUUGGAUGGUGGAGAUACACUUCUAUUGGGGGAUUCGCUCACUGGAAAUCAGACCUUAAUUUCCAAGAAUGGAACGUUUGCACUGGGAUUUUUCAGUUCGAGUGGGACGAAAAAUUGGUAUAUUGGUAUCUGGUAUGCACCAAUCUCUCAGAAGGCCAUUGUUUGGGUGGCUAAUAGAGAGAAUCCUGUCAGAAACAUGCCAGGCGUUCUGCAAUUUUCGAGAGACGGCCAUCUCAGAUUGUUUGAUAGUCGAAAAGGCCGCUCAGUUUGGUCGACUGAUAUGGGUCAGAAAGGAUCACGAGCUGUGAUUACAGACUCUGGUAAUUUCAUUGUGCUGGACGGCCACAACAAGUCUGCUAUUGUUUGGGAGAGUUUCGCGCAUCCGACAAAUACAUGGUUGCCUGGCAUGAAGAUGUGGAAAGGCAUGAAGCUAACUUCCUGGAAGAGUUCUUCAAAUCCUGCAAGUGGGCUUUUCUCUUUCGGAAUGGACAUGUCUCCAGGAGAGAUGCAGACGAUGAUGUUCUAUAACACCAGCGUUCCUUAUAGAUCUAGUGGAGAAUGCACUGCGAAUUAUUUUACUAAGGUUCCCGAAUUGGAAGGUCAGAAGAAAUUUGAAGUGUCCUGUGUGAAGCUUUCUCCUUCAAGAAUAUAUAUUAGUUUUAGCAUAAACCCGAUAGACCAUACCCUCACGGGGCGGCUACUGUUAGAUGAGAACGGCGAAUUACAACUCUACUUGUGGAUGGAUGAUCAUAGAUGGAGUCUGAGGUGGUCGACAUACCGAGGUCAAUGCAGCGACUUCGAAAUCUGCGGGGCUUAUGGAUUGUGCAAUGCGAAUGAUGUGUGUAGUUGUGUCCAGGGCUUCACACCCAAGCAUGACUCUCAAGGAUGGUGGUCAAGUGGGUGUACCCGACGAAGGGCCCUUCAAUGCUCUGUCACAGAGGGCACAACAGAUGGCUUCUCCGAAGCCAAGAACCAAUACUUGUCUGAAAAAGAAGCCGUCAUAUACAACGAACCAUCACAGCGAGGCUGCCGGACUGCUUGUCUCAACAAUUGCUCCUGCACAGCCUUUGCUUUCUCGAAUUCUGAUUCACCCGUCUGUAGAUUGUGGUUUGGGGAUUUAUUCGGAAUGCGGUUUUCAUCCGAGGGCCAAUCCGUCUUCAUUCGGUUAGCUGCUUCUGAGUUGCGGCAGUCGACAUCAGAGAGAAGGAUCAAAGCCCCUGCACUUGGUAUUUUAGUUUCUGCCGCUGCAGUUUUUUCUGUAGUUUCAGCUCUCCUGUUGGCUGCAUUUGUUCUGUGGAAAUAUCGAAGACUGUGGAAGACAGACAUGGAAGAGAAGGUGCCAUUGUCGCUCAAAAGGUUCAGUUACAAAGAGCUGCGAAUUGCAACGGACAAUUUCAAGCAUAAGUUGGGUAGCGGGGCAUUCGGGUCCGUGUUCAAAGGAAUUCUGGCAGACAACACGCUUGUGGCGAUAAAGAGAUUAGAGGGCUCAGUGCAAGGAGAAAAGCAAUUCUAUGCGGAAAUAAUCACCGUCGGCAGAAUACAGCAUGUGAAUUUGGUCAGGCUGUGGGGAUUCUGCGUAGAACGUUCGCGAAGGUUACUGGUGUAUGCCUACAUGCCAAACGGGUCACUAAACUCCUUCCUCUUCCCUGAGUCGGAAGACGCAGAAAAGGUGUUGGAUUGGAAGACCCGGUUUCAAAUCGCAGUGGGCACUGCACGAGGAUUAGUUUAUUUGCAUGAGGAAUGCAGGGAUCGCAUCAUUCACUGCGAUAUUAAACCUGAAAACAUUCUCCUGGACGGCGACUUCAGCCCGAAGAUAGCUGAUUUUGGGUUGGCGAAGCUGGUGGGCAGAGAUUUCAGCCGUGUAUUGACGACCACAAGAGGAACUCGAGGGUACUUGGCCCCCGAGUGGAUCUCAGGCCUUCCUAUCACUCCCAAGGUGGACGUAUACAGUUUUGGUAUGACGUUGCUGGAAAUUAUAUCUGGUCGUAGAAAUCUGGACUUGAAGGUUCAGAAGAGCAGAUUCUACUUUCCUACGUGGGCUUCGUCUCAAAUUCAGAAGGGAGACAUAAUAGAUCUUCUGGACGCAAGAAUAGCAAGUGAGGCGUAUAUCGAAGAAGUUAGAAGAGCGGCUGUGGUUGCUGGGCUGUGCAUUCAAGACGAUGAGAAUGAGAGGCCGAGCAUGAGUGAAGUGGUGAAGAUAUUAGAAGGCACGCUGGAGGCUCCUGUGCCACAAAUUCCGAAGUAUCUACAGGUUCUGGUAGAUCAAGUCGACGACGACGACAGAGAUGGCUGCAGUCAGAGUCCUAUAUCAAGUGCUUCCGUACCCAUAAAACCAGUAGCCAGUUUUAGGUCAUAA